AUGUUCGGGCAGGGCGGGCAUGCGGCCCUGGCUCUCAUGUCAUUACUGCUGCUACUGUGGCAGGAAGCAGCACCCAUUGAAGUACCACAAGACCCAAAGAUCCUGCAAGACCUGAAGCAGCCCCCCACUAUAGUUAAACAGUCAGUGAAGGACUACAUUGUCGACCCCAGAGAUAAUAUCAUCAUCGAGUGUGAGGCCAAGGGCAACCCAGUGCCAACAUUCUCAUGGCGAAGGAACGGGAAGUUCUUCAACAUCGGGAAAGAUCCCAGGGUGACGAUGCGAAAACGCUCAGGAACUCUGGAGAUCGGUUUCCGGAGCGGAGGACGGCCAGAGGACUACGAAGGAGAGUACCAGUGUUUUGCCAGCAAUGAAUUCGGAGUGGCUUUAUCCGACAAAAUCCUGCUCCGGGUCUCCAAGGCUCCUCUGUGGCCUAAAGAGGUGCUGGAGCCAGUGGUGGUGACUGAAGGCUCCCCGCUGGUUCUGCUCUGCAACCCCCCACCGGGUCUGCCUCCUCCGUUCACCUUCUGGAUGAACAGCGCUAUGACUCCAAUCCCUCAGGAUAAGAGAGUGUCCAUGGGUCUGAAUGGAGACCUGUACUUCUCCAACGUUUUGGCCAAAGAUGCUCACACUGACUACAGCUGCAACGCUCGCUUCCUCUUCACACACACCAUCCAACAGAAGAACCCCUUCACACUCAAAGUUCUGACCAGCCGAAAAGUAACAGAGUCCACGCCAACCUUCCUCUCACCUCCAGGGAGCGAGAGCUCCAAAAUGGUGCUACGAGACGAGCAGCUGCUGCUGGAGUGUAUUGCUGCUGGACUUCCGACACCCACCAUCAAGUGGUUUAAGAAGGGCGGGGACCUGCCAGGACGGAAAGUGAAGUUCGAGAACUACAACAAGACCCUGAAAAUCAUCAACGUGUCAGAGGAGGAUGCUGGGGAGUAUGUCUGCAUGGCCAACAAUCAAUUAGGCAGCAUACGUCACUCCAUCUUUGUUCAGGUCAAAGCGGCUCCUUAUUGGCUGGACAAACCUACAAACCUGGUGCUGGCCCCAGAUGAGAACGGGCGCCUGGUAUGUCGGGCCAACGGCAACCCUAAACCCAACAUCCAGUGGCUGAUCAACGGACAGCCUGUGGACAGCGCUCCUCCCAGCCUGAGCAGACAGGUGUCGGGCGACACCAUCAUCUUUCGCUCAGUGCAGAUGGGAAGCAGCGCCGUCUACCAGUGCAACGCCUCCAACCAGCAUGGCUAUCUGCUGGCCAACGCCUUCGUCAGCGUCCUCGACAUGCCUCCGAGGAUGCUGGGCCCCAAAAACCAGUUGAUUAAAGUCAUUGAGAACAACCGCACCUUCCUGGACUGUCCCUUCUUUGGUUCUCCUCUGCCAGACCUGCGCUGGUUUAAGAACGGACAGGGCAGUGGGCUGGAUGGCGGUCAGUACCGUGUUUACAUCAACGGAACCCUGGAGAUCAAACGGGCCCGAGCAGAGGACGAGGGCACCUACACCUGUGUGGCCAACAGCAUCCUGGGCACAGCUGAGAACCAGGUCCGCCUGGAGGUCAAAGAACGGACUCGUAUAGUCCGAGUCCCGGAGCACCAGUCAGCCAUCAGGGGCUCCACCGUUCGCUUUGACUGUAUGAUUAAGUCUGAUGCCAGCCUGCCCGUCACUGUGGCCUGGACCAAGGACGACAAGCCUCUCUACCUGGGAUGGAGGCUGAAGAAAGAUGAGGAGUCGCUGACCAUCCCCAGUGUGAAUGAAGGCGAUGAGGGGACAUACACCUGCACUGUUAAAUCUGAGAUAGACCAGGACUCAGCCUCAGCCCGCCUUACUGUGUUAGAUCGUCCAGACCCUCCCAUGGAUCUGGAUAUAUCGGACCCAGCCGCCCGCAGCGUCCGCCUCACCUGGAUCCCUGGAAAUGACCACAGGAGCCCAAUCACACAGUUCCUGGUCCAGUUUGAGGAGGACCAGUGGGAGCCGGGCAGGUGGCAGGACCUGUCCACUUACCCCGGAGACCUCAACUCAGUCAUCCUGCAGCUCGCCCCCUUUGUCAACUACCAGUUCAGGGUCAUUGCCAUCAACUCAGUGGGCCAGAGUCAGCCCAGCCGCCCCUCUCCACCAUACAAGACGAGUGGAGCUGCCCCAGAUGCCAUUCCCAGAGGUCUUCGAGGAUGGGGCUCCAAAAAGGACAAUAUGGAGAUUACUUGGGAGCCUCUGCUCGAUCUGGAGAGAAAUGGCCCCAACCUGCACUACAACGUGUGGUGGAGACGGAAGGAUGUGGGGGAUGAGUGGAGUAAUGUGACCACGGUGGGGUCCAAACACGUCGUCCAGAACACAGAAACCUAUGUGCCUUAUGAGAUCAAAAUCCAGGCCAGGAAUGACUUUGGACCAGGGCCUGAGUCCAAUGUGGUCACAGGAUACUCUGGGGAGGACAAACCCACCGACGCUCCCACGAACCUGCGAGUGUCAAAGGUCAACAGCACCAGGACGAAUGUCCACUGGAAACCAGUAGACCUGAACUCUGUCCAGGGAGAGUUCAAGGAGUACAGACUGUACUACUGGCGCGAGGCCAGUCUGGUUCCGGGUCUGAUGGUCAGUAAGGAGAAGAAGACCAAAGGUUUCUACAGCACUGUGGCUGAGCCAUCUGGCAUCCUCAGCGACCUGGUGCCCUACUCUAAAUACAAGAUGUUCAUGGUCGUGGCCAACAACCGCUUUGAGAGUCCACCCAGCAACACGGUGGAAUUCACCACCAAGGAGGGAGUGCCAGAUGCUCCGAGGUUCUUCAGGAUAAACCGUAGAGGUUUUGACACCAUCCACCUCGACUGGGACAAACCUCUGGAGCCAAAUGGCAUUCUGAUUGGAUACCAGUUAAAGUACCAAACAGUCAAUGGGUCCAGGAUGGGUCGUCUCCAGUUGGAGCAGUUCCUUCCUAAUGUGACAGACUUCACCCUCCGCCUGCCGGACCGAUCUACUCGCUAUAAGUUCCACCUGUCAGCGCUCACCCAGGUGGGGGCAGGGGAGGUCUAUGCUGAGGAGUCCCCACACUUUGCCAAUGAAGCCUACAUAGACCAGGUAGACAUAGCCACUCAAGGCUGGUUCAUUGGCUUGAUGUGCGCCAUCGCCCUCAUCAUACUGAUCCUCCUCAUCGUCUGCUUCAUCAAGAGGAGUCGUGGGGGCAAAUACCCAGGUGGUGGUUGCGUGACUGGUUUCGCAAAAUAUCUAGUUCGCAAUGAAAAAGAUCUACCUUUGGACCCAGUAGAUCAGAAAGACCAGGAUGGAUCCUUUGAUUACCACAGCGAUGAGGACAACAAGCCUCUGCAGGGCAGCCAGACGUCACUGGAUGGCAACGUGAAGGAAAGCGACGACAGUCUGGUGGAUUAUGGCGAAGGCGGCGACGGUCAGUUCAACGAGGACGGCUCUUUCAUCGGCCAGUACACGGUGAAGAAGGACAAGGACGAGACGGAGGGCAACGAGAGCUCUGAGGCCACCUCGCCCGUCAAUGCCAUCUACUCGCUGGCGUAGCGCUGUAGCAGCACAUGGGGGGACUCAGUGGCACCCUCUGAUCCGAGGGCAUAACAACAAACCACAACACCAUACACCAGACACAAACACACACACAUGAAUACUGUAUAUUAAUAUAUGAAACACAUUAAACACAGAAGAAACGCAGCAGGGCCUGUCUGGAGACUGUGUAGGCUUUCCUCUACAGAUAAAGCAACAGGGGAACACGGGAGUGGAAUUAGACCACAAGCCUUUAUUUUACGUUUCCAGCUCUAAGAAAUUGGCCCCUGGGAGGUGACGUUUGGACAAAGUGGACAGUGCUCGUUUUCCUCUGCGCUCUGCCUGCCCUUUACCCACACAGACUUGAAG